AUUCUGGGUUUCUUUACUGCGCCCAUUCUGCUUUUUCGUGAUAUGGUGGAGUGCAUGCCCGAUGUUUUAAUUACGGCAUGAAUGCAACGUAAUCAUCAAUAUCCUGUACUGCUAUACCGAUUUCCUUUACAACCAACUUACUGCAUACAACAUUAAGUGGGCAAAUUUGCAUUAUAUUUCUCAAGACCUUUGUUGUGCUGCCACAAGAUGACACAACACUGCUUGAUAUUACUGUCAUCUGCAAAACAAGGUGUUUCAGCACAAUCUUUCAUUCAGAGCUGCACCUUGGUUCACUCAUCAUUUGCUAUCCAGCUUGCUACACCAGGGGGCAAAUACCCAGAAUACCUCCACUCAGGUGACUCCACUGCAAAAUGGAUGGAAGAUUUCAGGACCAAAGCACUAGCAGUCCCAAUGAAUGUUUCAAUUGUUGAUGCCAGCCGGUACUCCUGCCUGGUCAUCCCGCACUGCCCCGGCGCACCGUACGACCUGGCCUCGAGCUCUGAGGUGGCGCUCAUCCUGGCUCACUUCAUGCAGCAUGCAAAGCCUAUCUGCGCCGUGGGGCACGGCGUGGCGGCGCUGCUCGCCACCUCCAGUCACCAGACCAGCUGGCCAUUCAAGGACGUCUGUCUGACGGCGCCGACGCUGUACGACCAGAGCCUGGACCGGGACUUCUCGCAGUCGCCGGUGCUGGUGGAGGACGGCCUGCGCGACGGCGGCGCCCAGUACACGGGCGCCGCGCCCGGCGGCGUGCACGUGGUGGUCGACCGACACCUGGUCACCGGCCAGAACGAGGCGUCCACGCUCACCGCCGUCCAGAACCUGGUGCUCAUAUGCAACCAGCUCAAGAAAUCGGGAUGAAAACCUUUAGCUUCUGCGGCUACCGCGCAACCUGAUUUCAUAACCAGGUUGCCAGGUCCAGGUCAACCACUAAGUGAUACGCAGGUCAAGUGGUGCCUGCUGGGCAGUGGCUGCCACAGCCCGUAUUCCUUCACGGAUCUGCGCUGAACUGGACUCCUUUCAGCAAUGCAACAUUCUUAAGCUUUCAUUGGAGCUCUCGCUAUUGUUUAAACGCUCGUAGCUUAAUACUGCGGAGGCGAACCGUGGUAUGUCGUUCAAUGUCCAGAACUACUGCACCAGUGACCAUGUAUUGUCGCCGUAAUAAAUGACGCAACAUACCAA